UAACCUAAGUAUUAUAUAAGGCUGCGCAUGUACCCCAUUACAAUAAUUUCUACAACUUUACUGUUGGACUCACUUUCAUCUCACGUCUCAGCCACUCCGGCCUCUCAGUUAGCCGGCGCCGCUCAGUUGUCAGAGCCAGCUUCCCUCUCAUUCCUGGUUUUGAAUAAAUUACAUUGAUAAUUAAGAAAAUAGUACUACAAUGAGUGACCCAAAUGCUCCACAUGUCCAUGAUGAUGAAGAUGAUGACAAUGAAGUGUUCCUUGAUGAGUCUGACAUCAUGCAUGAAGUUUCAUUCGACAAUGAAGAUCUUCCUGAUGCUGAUGAUGAUUCUGAAACCGAACAUGUUGAUGAGGUUGAUGAUUCUGUACACAUAUUUACUGGUCAUACUGGGGAACUAUACUCUGUUGCCUGUAGCCCAACAGAUGCGACAUUGGUGGCAACAGGGGGUGGUGAUGACAAAGGAUUUUUCUGGAGGAUUGGCCAAGGAGAUUGGGCUUCUGAGCUUCAAGGUCAUACAGAUUCUAUAGCUAGUUUAGCUUUUAGCUACGAUGGGAAGUUUCUUGCAUCAGGAAGCCUAGAUGGAAUUGUUCAAGUCUGGGAUGAAUUUGGAAAUCUGAAAGGUCCACUGGAAGGUCCUGGAGGGGGCAUUGAGUGGCUCAGGUGGCAUCCAAGAGGACACAUACUCUUAGCUGGUUCUGAGGAUUCCACAGUUUGGAUGUGGAAUACCGAUCAUGCUGCCUUUCUUAAUAUGUUUGCUGGUCAUGGUAGUAGUGUGACCUGUGGUGAUUUUACUCCUGAUGGGAAAAUUAUAUGUACUGGUUCUGAUGAUGCAACCUUGAGAAUAUGGAAUCCAAGAAGUGGAGAAAACAUUCAUGUUGUGCAGGGUCAUCCAUACCAUACUGAGGGAUUAACAUGCUUAGCAAUAAGUUCAACUUCAACCCUUGCUCUUACUGGUUCCAAGGAUGGAUCUGCUCAUAUUGUAAAUAUUACUACAGGAAGAGUGGUUAAUACCCUGAGUUCUCAUUCAGAUUCCAUUGAGUGUAUUGGGUUCGCACCAAGUGAUUCCUGGGCUGCAAUUGGAGGCAUGGAUAAAAAACUGAUGAUCUGGGAUGUAGAGCACUCCUUAUCCCGGAACAUUUGUGAGCAUGAGGAUGGAGUGACAUGUUUGGCAUGGCUUGGUGCAUUGUAUGUAGCUACCGGGUGUGUUGAUGGAAAUGUGAGAUUGUGGGAUAGCCGUUCUGGUGAAUGUGUAAGAACAUUCAGGGGCCACUCUGAUGCCAUUCAAUCUCUUUCUUUUUCUGCGAAUCGGGAUUACCUUGUCUCGGCUUCCAUUGAUGGUACAGCUCGUGUUUUUGAGGUUGAAGGGUUUCAGUGAUAAACAAAGCCUCUUCCAUGAUAUUUGGAUGUGUAUUGUCAGCGCACAAGCUUCAUAUUGUAGCUUGUGUUUUAACGUAAUUUUGUGGUCGAUUCCAAACGUGCAACCAAACAUGUACAAUAUGAGGGGUCAAAUCAAUCAUCUAAGCUAAGCCUCUUUUAUGGGCAAGCCCCAUUACAUGUACUAGUUUGUGCUCUCAGAAGCCAGAUUGUCUAAGUUUAUAUUUAAGUUAAAAACUCUUGUCAUCAAUUUCUUUUUUUUCAUCAAGAAUCACUUCCUUGUAUUCUUGUCUGGUGAUUAGUUUCUCUAAGCUAUGUUAAUUGUAUGUUUAGUUCAA